AUGGCCCCACCAACCUUCGCUGACCUCGGAAAAUCCGCUAAGGAUCUCAUCAACAAGGGAUACAACUUCGGUUUCGUCAAGAUCGACUCCACCUCUCGUGCCGGAGAAGGAAAGGAAGUCGAGUUCAAGACUGCCGCUGCUCACAAUCUUGGAUCUGGAAAGUUCGGAGGAAACCUUGACGUUAAGUACAAGAUCCCACAAUACGGAGUUGUUCUUACUGAGAAGUGGAACACUGAGAACCAACUCGGAACCGUUGUCGAGAUCAACGAGAAGUUCGGACGUGGACUUAAGCUCACUUUCGAUUCUCUCUAUGCUCCACAAACCGGAAAGAGAUCCGGAAAGCUGAAGGCUGACUGGUCUCACCCAACUGCCCGCCUUACCGCUGAUGUUGCUUUGACCAGCACCCCAGUCAUCAACGCUGCUGGAGUUUUCUCCAAGGACGGAUUCCUUUUGGGAGCUCAAGCUUCUUUCGAUACCUCCUCCAACAAGCUUGCUUCCACUGCUCUCGCUUUCGGAUUCCAAAGCAAGGAAUACACCAUCAACUCCUUCGUUGUUAACACCUCCGACUUCGGAGCCUCCGUCUACCACAAGAUUGCUCACAAUGUCGAAAUUGGAGCUGCUCUCGGAUGGAAGCUUGGAGGAGAUGGAGCUAACUUCGAUCUCGGAACCAAGUACUCUCCAAGCCGCGACCUCACUCUUCGUGCUAAGGUCAACAACAAGAACAUCGCUGCUGUUGCUGCUACUCACAACCUCUCUGAUGCCAUGAAGUUGACUCUUUCUUCUCAAUUCAACCUUGCUGCUAAUGAAGCUCACAAGUUUGGACUUGGAAUUGAAUUCGAGCCAUCUCACUAA